GGAGUAAUCAGUUAGGUGAUGAGCUAGUACCAAACACACCUCCGUCCGAGUACUUGAUUGAUACAGAAGGAGGGGGCGCAGCCGACGACUUGUCUUUCCCUGCGUGAGAUCGUUGUUUGGAGUUUUGACCAUUGGAGCCUUCAAGGUUUGAUGAGAUUAGAGACUGGUGACAAGAUGCUUGGACUUGGUAUGUGGACCAAAAUCUGAACUCUGAACCAUCCUAGCUAUAUAUAGCAGUUUCAAUAUAGCAAGUAGCAGGAGGUAGGGAGCAGCCACACAGAUAUUAUUUGAAGAAGAUGGUGACAAGAAUGUCUGGGAGUAAUAGGAAGAAGAAGGUGAUGGAAAGAAUCUCUGCCACUUCUUCAAUCAAAAAGAGAAAGGGAAAAGGAGGACAUGGAAAGGGAAGAAGGCAUGAAAAGGCUCCAGCUCAAGACUUGGAGAAAGCCGCAAAAGAGUCAGACACUGAUUUCGAUGAGGUAGCAGCUGUAGGAAGAAUCAGUCAGGAGACAGGUCUUGCGGAAGAGCCAGACACUGAUGUUGACCGAGAUACACACUACCAUUUUGUUCUGGAGAUGAACCGAGCAGCAGAAGAUUUCGAGAUCGAUUUCGAGAAAAUGCAGUCAAAGAUGCCUAGGUUCCCUGCGAGCUUAAAAGGUGUUGGGACAAGUUAUGUUGCCCCGAGGGUGGUGGCCAUCGGCCCUUACCACAAUCCACUCUACAGCCUUGGCAAUGGAAAAUCAAACUACCUUGUGGAGAUGGAGGAGGUGAAACGGGUGGCUGCAUCCCACUUCAUCAAGAAAUCUGGCCACUCGUUUCUGGAAAUACGUGCAAAGGUUGAAUCUGUCGCAAGCGACCCUCACAAGUUCUACAACAUAGGUUCUGAAUCACUACCUGACUUUGUGAGCAUGAUGUGUGUUGAUGGUUGCUUCUUGCUGCAAUAUAUGCUCAUUUGUACGGCCCGCGACGAGCUUCCUUCAUCCUUGUUGUAUUUCUUCGAGUCCAACCAAGCAUACAUCAGCAAUGACAUAAUGCUGCUGGAGAACCAGCUCCCUUGGGUGGUGCUCCACACACUCUGGAGCUUGAGGCCCUCUGUGAACGUGGGGGAGUUCAUUGGUAAGAUGGGCCGCACACUCCAAGUAAGUGGAGACAAAGUGAGUGAACCGUUUGCCUGGGAUGGUACCAACGAGCCGCCACAUCUCCUCGGCCUCCUUUGGUUGUAUAAAACAGGAGGCAGCGUUAAUGCAGAACCCCAGUCUGAAGAACUCAGGCCCAUGUCGAAAACUAUUAGUGCCAUUGAGCUUGCAGAGAUGGGUAUCAAGCUUACAGCCAGCAAGACAACGAAAUUUACAGACAUGGGCAUCAAGAGAAGACCUGUCUUGGCCGACAAGAUCUUCCUAGCACCUCUUUUGCUAGAUGAGGUGAGGUCAUGCUGGCUCGUCAACAUGGCGGCUUUCGAGGUAUCCAUGGCCAAGGGUAUUCAAAAUCCAAUCGUGUGCUCUUACCUUGCCGUCCUAGCAAUGCUCAUGGACCGGGAGGAGGACGUGCACAAGCUGCGGUCAAAGCGUCUCGUGCAAGGAGAACUCACCAACAAGGAGACACUCGACUUCUUCAAGGCUAUAAUCAAGCACAUAAGCGGUGGCCCUCUCUACAUCAACAUCUUGGAAGAGAUUGAGUCCUAUAAGAGCAAGAGAUGGUUUUGGAUCAAGGUCCACAAGUUUGUUUACAAGAACAUUAAAACCAUAGUCACUGUGGUUUCUAUUGCGCUCUCCAUCUUCGCUCUUCUGGUGGCUCUCUUCAAGGUGCUUCUCUCCAUCAAGGAACACUAGCAAUAAGGCUAGUCAUGUGUGAUUUCCAUACUUAUGUCAUCCUUUUCAAUGCUCCCUUCUACUGUAUAAUAUUUGUGUGAUGUUGCAUUUAUUGUGUUCAAAUCUUCCUUGGCUGAAUUCCUUGUAUCAAACUGAAUUCAUUCAAGUUGCAGUAAAUGUUUAAUCAAUCA